UUCUCACAUGCAAGUUUGAUGUUGCAUUGGGUGGCAAAGACAGCAGUGUGAGUCUCCUCCAGAAUUAUCUCUGGGAGGAACAGAGGUGGUGUUUUAGAUGCCACCCGUCCUCUUGACAAUCUGGAUACAACAUCCAGGGUGCCUGCGAGAGGUUAUUUAGGAGGAUCAUUUCUCUGCUUUUUCUUUUAGGUUAAAGGUGGGAGGGAAUGAUUUACACACCGUUGUCUUUUUUCUUGCUUCCUCACAGGGUCUCGGCUCCCGUGCUGAGAUGACCCCUCCGCCCCCCUCACGCCUGCACCGCCAUGGACGCCCCCUCUAACUCUGCCUCCUCCUCCUGUUCCACCGCUGCUGUCCUCCCGGCCGAUGGGCAGGAUGACAGGGCUACAGUUUGGCCCACUCAGGACUCUCCUGCCUCUCCAGCCACCAAAGAACCCCCCCUCUCGGACCCUUCCUCCUCUGCCACCUCUCCUGAUGAAGUCCUUUGGCCCAGCUCCAGUUCCCAGGCAGUGCCCAGCCCCACGAAACGCCCGGCAGCCAUCUUAACCUCACCACAACGGCAAGCUGACCUUGGCCUAGCGAUACCAAACCCGUCCCCUUUCCCUCAGCCGACAUGCCCUCGAGAAGAUGGGAGUAAGGAAGAAGCAGCAGCAGAUGACGGAGACGACGAUGGAGAGGAGGGUGGAAUCGAGGCCCGGCUCUUCUUCUCUGCCAAAGGCUCGGCCUAUCUGCUCAGUGGUGGCCACAUUCUCUUACCAAAGGGCUCCCCUUGCACCACAGCUCCCCCGGUGUCUAUCCUCCACGUCCAGCGCGGCGGAGGCCCUAACCAAGGCUUUACGUCUACUGACCAAAUGUCCCAGAAUACCUCAGCGCCAGGCGAGUGGACCCCUCAUGGCGCCUUCUACAGUUACCGACUGGCUGGGGCCCCCGCUCGAACCACACCUGCCAAAAACGUUCCCACCAAACCCAAAGAUGCCCCCACCACCCAUGCGGAGGAUGAGGAAAACCCCAAAGGGGAAGCCAACCUUGGCCAAGAAGAGGAGCGAGCGAGGCCACCCAUCUGGCUGUGCCUAAUAUGCCGCCUUUCUUUCCACCGGGGCCGUUCCUUGGCAGCCCACGCUCAUGUGGCCCACCGGGUGCAACUGAGCACCAACCAAUGCCAGGCCCUAUCCAGAGGGGCUUCUGCCGUGUUCCAGGGCACCACACUUGGCUUCCUAGAACCAAAUAGCCCCAUCACCAAGGCAGACCUCAGUGCCAGAAUGUGUAGCAGAUGGGUGAAUGUAUCCGAAGAGAAGGAGGAGGAGGAAGAGAAGAAAGGAAGCUCAGAGGGACAACGCGAGCCACCUGAUGCCAAAGAUUCAAGGGUCGGCGAUGCGCACUGGGCAAAGGGGGGCCUGGAGAACAGACCAGAGGACGAAAAGGAGGAGGAGGAGAAAGAGGAGGGUGAAGAAAAGAAAGAGGAGGGAAGGCUUCCCCCAGACCAAAGCUCACAUGUCCAAAGCCCACUCAUGGGUGCUAACGCCCCCGUCUUGGAGACACCACCGACAAAGGUUGACAACGACGUUGGGUUGGCCAAGAAAGACAUCAACGCGGAGUUGGUCAACAAGGUUGCUGGCUUGACCAAUGAAGCGGUCAGUGUAGGACUGGUUCAUGACGUUGCUCAAGCCGAAUUAGCUGGCAAACCCAAUGAUUCCGGGUUAGGCUUCAAAGGAACCUGCGAUGACCUAACCCACACCGCAGACACCAACAACUCCGGGUCAGCCCAUGAUGCCAGCGCUGCUGAGUUGGCUCACAGUGUUGGUAACAUGGGGACGGCCAACGACAUCGCCAGCGUUGGGUUCGAGGUGAACAGCAGCCACAAUGGGUCGGCCCCGCUUGGCUUUGGGGAAGAUUUUACAGCCAUGGCUUACUCUGGCUUGAGUUUAUCUGGCCACAUGUCCUUGCUGCAUUCACGCAACUCCUGCAAAACUCUGAAGUGUCCCAAGUGCAACUGGCAUUACAAGUACCAGCAAACGCUGGACGUCCACAUGAAGGAGAAACACCCCGAAAACAACAGCCACUGCGCUUACUGCAGCACCGGUGGGCCUCACCCUCGCCUGGCCAGGGGCGAAAGCUACAACUGUGGCUACAAACCCUACCGUUGCGAGGCCUGCAACUACUCGACGACAACGAAGGGCAACCUGAGCAUCCACAUGCAGUCCGACAAGCACUUAGCCAACCUGCAAGGCUACCAGGCCACGGGCGGCAACGGGACCUCUUCGGUGGUACCUGCCACAGCCCCCACCCCGUCCUCUCCCGAGGAGAAGGAACCUAAAGGCAAGUCCUCCUGGCAGUGCAAGGUUUGCAGCUACGAGACCAACAUCUCACGCAACCUUCGCAUCCACAUGACGUCCGAGAAGCACAUGCAAAACAUGCUUUUGCUCCAUCAAGGGCUGCCCUUGGCCCUGCCGGGACUCCUGGGGCAACCGCCAACCUCGCCAGGAGGCAAGCCGCAGCCAGAGCUCUUCCAGUUCUAUGGGGCACAGGCCCUCGGCCACUCCCAUCUCCCCCAUGCCCACCACACUCAUUCUGGGGCCAGCCCAGCUCUGCGGGGGGACAAGCCUAUGGAGCAAACGCAACUCUUACUCAACGGAGGCUUCCCACACGUCAGCACCCCUGGCCGGAAGAUGGCCUCCCUGGGUUCAGCCCCCGCGUCACUCUCUCCAGAGCCUGCCCCGCCUUCCCCGCUGCCGCCCCACUCCGGAUCGGACCCGGGCUCUUCGCAGAGGUUGUUUGGCUGCCUGGUCUGCCAGGUGUUCGGCACCGACAGCCUUGAGGCGCUCCUGAGGCACGCGUCGGCACCACGCUCGCUGCCCGAGGGAGAAUGGAAAGAGGUGUCGGGCGACCUGCACCGGUGCCGGCUGUGUGCUUACGGCACCCAGCUGAAGGCCAACUUCCAACUGCACCUCAAGACUGACAAGCACGCCCUGAAGUACCAGCUGGUGGCCCACCUGCGCGAAGGAGGUAACAGUGGAGCCCACCUGGGGGCGGACCUUCCUCUGGGCCCGCCCCUUCACCUUCACUGCAACCUCUGUGAAUAUGAGACCAACAGCAAGGAGAAGAUGCGCCUGCACGUUGCAGGAGGCAGCCACCAGGAGGCGUUGCAAGGUUACAAGUUCCUCCUGGAGCUGGAGAACACAUCGGCAUCACCGCUGGGCCCUGAACCUGCCCAGUUCCGCUGCCUCCUCUGCAGCACCGAUGCUUCCAACCGCCUGGUGAUGAUCCAGCACCUCCGCUCCCCCCAGCACCGUGAUGCCCAUGGCCAGUGGCGCCUCCAGCUGCUGCAGAACGGGGAAGGCACCCCCGGCCUGGAGAGAUACAUCUGCCUCGCCCCUGCAAACCCCACCGGGAAGGAAACAGCGAUGGAAGUGCAGUCCCCAGAGAAAGAAACACUGAAUAAAGCUCAGAUGCCUGGUUCCGACGAGACUGAAGCAAAAGCCGGAGGUGUGGGCAACAUUACAGUGUUCUGCUGUCCGUACUGCAACUUCGUGGACCAGACUGCCGAAGCCGUGCGGGCUCACACCGUCUCCCAGCAUGCCGUGCAGCCCAAGUUCCGUUGCCCAUUGUGCCAAGAGCAGCUGGUGGGCCGGACCAACCUCCACUUUCACCUCAGCCACAUCCACAACGUGGUGCCUGAGUGUGUGGAGAAGCUACUGCUGGUGGCCACCACUGUGGAAAUGACCUUCGCCACCAAAGUUGUACCGGGCCUCAGCCUUUCUCCUGACACACCAAAGCCAGAUGGGACGUCCAGCCCUGAGCAAGGAGGUGCCAGUGAACCCCAAAGCCCCCUUGUCGCACCACCACCACCAGCACCCUCUGGGGAAAAAGCUCCUUCGGCUCCAGUGCUGUGCCCUGAAACACCUCCUGCCCCUGUCCCCUCCCCAGCACCACCUGCCGCCCCCCCGGAAAAGCCGCCCCCCACCUCUUCAACUCCUCCCCCGGCUGCUCCACCAGAGUCCGAAGACGAAGACCCUCCUCGUCCGAGCGCCCCGCCCGAAGAGCAGCCCCAGCCAUCCCAGGCCCCAGCAGAGCCUCCCGAGGCCUCACUGCCUGCCCAGCCCAGCCAGGAUCCCCGGCACCCGCUGUCCUAUCGCAAGGCAACCAAUUUUGCCUUAGACAAGUUUCUGGACCCAGGGCGCCCCUACAAAUGCACAGUGUGCAAGGAAUCCUUCACCCAGAAGAACAUACUCCUGGUGCACUACAAUUCUGUCUCCCACCUGCACAAGAUGAAGAAGGCGUCCGCUGACCCUUCGGCGCCAUCCCGAGGCGAGCCAGGCACCCCGGGCGCCCUCCAGCCAUCCUCGGACAAGCCGUACAAGUGUACCACCUGCCGAGUUUCGUACAACCAGAGUUCCACGCUAGAAAUCCACAUGCGCUCCGUUCUGCACCAGACCCGCUCCCGUGUCGCUAAGAUGGAAGCUGCUGGCAAAGCGGAGAUGGUGUCUGCCGAAGCCGAGCCCCCAAGCGAGGCACCGGUGGAAACGGAGGCCCCCAAGCUCUUGGAGGCUGGCUGCAUGCCAGUGCCGGCUCUCCCUUUUUUGGCACCGUCUACGGCAGAGCUGCAACGUUUCCCCACGCCCCUAUUUACGCCACCGCUGCUGCCACCUUUCCCGUUGGUCCCAGAGUCUCUCCUAAAACUGCAGCAGCAACAGCAGCAGCUUCUGCUCCCCUUUUACUUACAUGACCUCAAGGUGGCCCCCAAAUUGGCUUUAGCAGCGCCAGCUCUGACCCUCCCAGCCACUCCACCUGUACUCUUGCCACCUCCCCCAGCCAAGGAAGAGCAGGCCCCAGCAGCCAGCAACACCAAGCCAGAGCCGACAGAAGAGGCGGAAGCAGAGGAGGCAGAGGGGGCUCAGCCCGGGAGUGAGGCGUCCCGUACAGCGGCCAAGGCCCUGCUGGAGAACUUCGGGUUCGAACUCGUGAUCCAGUACAACGAAGGCAAGCAACCUGCAGCGGCAACAGCCCUGGCUGUCCCCCCUCGACCCCCGGCGGGCAAGCUCCAGUGCGGCACGUGCGGCAAACAGUUCUCCAAUAUGCUCAUCUUGAAAACACACGAGGAGCAUGUACACCGGCGCUUCCUGCCUUUUGAGGCGCUCAAUCGUUAUGCUGCACAGUUCCGCAAGAGUUACGACAGCAUGUAUCCACCCCCUCCUCCGGCACUCCCCAUUGAGACCACUGCCACUACGGCUGCUGCUCCCACAACCACCAUUGCUGCUGCCAGCACAGAAAACUCCGCCAUCACUGUCCCACCAGCCUCCCUUCCUCUGGAUAUUCCCUCCCUCUGCCCUCCUUUUUUAAUGCAACCCAUCCCAGUGGCCCUUCCACCACCCGAAGGCGAGACUCCUCGGGUGUCUCCAGAGCACUUGAAAUCCCUGUGGUUUCGUGGCGAGGAGGAGGAAGGUGGCAAUUCCUCUGCGGGUCCUGACCCUUCCCGGGGUGGCUUUCCUGCCACCCGGCGCUUCUCCCGCACAAAAUUCACAGAGUUCCAGUCUCAGGCUCUGCAGUCCUUCUUUGAGUCGAGCGCUUAUCCCAAAGACGGCGAGGUCGAGCGUCUGUCCGCGCUCUUGGGUUUGCCCAAUAGAGUUAUUGUGGUUUGGUUCCAAAAUGCACGUCAGAAGGCCCGCAAAUGCGGAAGCGAAGCCGGGGUGGGGAGCGGAAACACUGCCGCGCAGCCUGCCUGCAAGAAAUGCCGGACGUCUUUCCGCUGCAUCUUUGAGCUAAUACGUCACCUGAAGAAGUGUUACAACGACCAGCCCGAGGAAGGGGAAGGAGACGGUGCCGAGGAAGAGAAUGAGACUCACGAGGAAGAAGAGCAGGAGGAGGAGGAGGAGGAAGAGGAACACCAGGAGCCUUCAGCCACUGAUGGAGCCACUAAGACCGAUGGAGCUGGAGACAAAUUCCCUGAGGAAGAGCUGCCAUCUCCAGAAGCCCUGCCAGACAGCUCAGCCAGCCACCCCUGCAACCAGUGCCCAGCCAAGUUCUCCAGCGCUGAUCUUCUCAACGCCCACCACAUCACUCAUGCGCCAGCAGCCGCUCCUCCAUCAGUCACCGUCGGACCUCCGCAACAACUCCUGGAGUUGCCCUCCUUGGCGUUUGGCGAGCGUGCUGCUCCUCCUGAUCCCUCCCGCACACAGAAACGGAAACACGAGGACGGGAGCUUGUCACCCACUGGCAGCGAAUGCGCUAGCAUGGCAGGAGGGGAUAACGAGCCGCCACGAGACAAGCGCUUGCGCACCACCAUUUUGCCAGAACAACUGGAGAUCUUGUAUCGGUGGUACAUGCAAGACUCCAACCCGACCCGGAAGAUGCUUGACUGUAUCUCAGAAGAAGUUGGGCUUAAAAAGAGGGUGGUCCAGGUGUGGUUCCAGAACACGAGGGCCCGAGAGAGGAAGGGCCAGUUCCGCUGCAACACCAGCGCCGCCAUCCCAACCACCAAGCCCUCCCCAGCGCUCCCUACCACCUUCCCAAAGUUCAGCCCUCCACCACGAGACCCUCCUGUCCUUUAUGGAGCUGCCUUCGCCCCCAGCCUCCCUGUGGUCAGUGCUCAGCCACUGCCAAGCAAGCCAGAAGUUCCUGUGGAUUCACAAGCCCAGGACGAAGCCGCCGAGGAAGAGGCGCCGAAGGAGAACGAGGACCGAAGCCUGUCAGGCGGGGAGCUGAGCGAUUCGUCAUCCUCGACAUCUUCUCUGGCUGAUCUGGAUUCCCCAGGCAGCCGACGGAGUCGAGCAACCGAGGGCGGUCCCGGAGGCAUGCAUGACUCUCUGGGCCAGCGUCGGUACCGCACUCAGAUGUCCAGUCUUCAGCUUAAAAUCAUGAAGGCUUGUUACGAGGCCUACCGAACGCCCACCAUGCAAGAGUGCGAGGUGCUGGGCGAGGAAAUCGGGCUGCCCAAGCGGGUGAUUCAGGUGUGGUUUCAGAACGCCAGGGCCAAAGAGAAAAAGGCCAAGGCGGCCUCUGGCGGUACCAGCAGCGGUGACGAUGGGCCUCCCAACACGCACACUCAGUCUGAAUGCACUUAUUGUGAAGUCAAGUACGAUUUCUACGUGUCCUGCCGUGGUCACCUCUUCUCUCGUGGCCACCUAGCCCGACUUAAGGAGGCCAUCAAGGCCCAGCUCAAAAGCGAGAGCAAGUGCUACGAGCUGGUGCCAGACAAAGGGACGCCAUCCCCAACCAGGCUGGGCGCCUCUAUGCCCCCCUCUACUGUGCCACCACCCCUUGGGAGUAUGGCCUCUUUUGUACCAGGCCCUUCCUCUUCUUCCUCUGGUGUUCUGAGCUCCCCACUGGCCUCGACCCAGGCAGGCCCUCCCAUACCUCAGCGCCUCACACCAGAACCGGCCCAGCUUGGUCCCUCCACAGAGCCUGCUCCUGUUCCAGAAACCGCCCCGAGUGACAGUCAGGCGGACCCAUCUUCAAGUUCAGCCCAGGAACCCUCCUUGACCUCCACUGCCACGAUGAAGAACCUCAAGACAUUGAAGGCCACAGUGCCGGCCCUGCUGGGUGGCCAGUUUCUGCCCUUCCCGUUGCCGGCAGCAACAGCAGCAGCCCCCUCCCUAUUUGGAGCCCAGCUGCCCGGGGCCUACUUCCAGCAGCUUUACGGCAUGAAGAAGGGGCUCUUCCCCAUGAACCCCGUCAUACCUCAGACGCUCAUGGGGCUGCUGCCCAACCCCUUGCUCCCAGCACCCACGCCAGAGCCGUCCGUUGAGGUGUCCGAGGCCCCUGGCAUCUCUACAGUUGACGUGACUCACCAGUACCUUUGCCGCCAAUGCAAGGCAGCCUUUGAAAGCGAGGGGGCGGCUGCAGCCCACCAGGCUGCCUUUUGCUACUUCGGGCGCCAGCCGCCAGCAGCCCCGCCCCCGCUGCGGGUGCCCGUGUGCACCUACCACUGCCUGGCCUGCGAGGUGCUUGUGAGCGGGCGCGAGGCACUGGGGGCUCACCUGCGCUCCAGUGCUCACCGGCGCAAGGCCGGAUCCAACGCAGCAACCGCAUCGGUGUUUGCCAAAGAGGAAUCCAAAUUACCUCACUCGGACUCCAACCCAAAAAGUAACGCUACCUCUACGACACUUCUAGCUUUAUAGAGAUGGAUGCCACACUGCCACCCAUUGAGAGAGAAUGACUAACCAACCAGCCAGUGGAGGGGUGGGCACCCACUUGGGUGUCCCCUCUGCCCAUACUCAAGAACCGUCCCCCUCAACACCCAACCCAGCCUUGACCCCUUUUAUUGCCAGCAAGGAAAAAAGACCAAUCAAUCUGAGAGACAGCCUCUUGCCACCUGUCCCGAGCCACUGCCCUAAAGCAACACCCUAUAUCCCACCCUACUGGCAGCCAUGUGGGCCAGGUAAAUUCAACUGUGCAGCCCCCCCACCCAAAGCUCACACCAUCCCAAGAGAAGACCAGUUAUCCUUGAGUUGAAUAGCCACAGUCCCUAACAAUGCUAAGAACCCCAGACCCUAACAAUGCUACCUUUAGAACAGUCUUGUACAAUCUGCAAAAGUGUGCGUCUAUUUCCCUCAACCAUUCCCAUCUUCUUGCAUUGGUCUGCUGCCCUUGUCAAUAUGGCUACUGUACAACUGAACCCAUCCCUUCCAUAUCACCAGAAGGCAGGUUCCUUACCUCUUCCCUACACCCAGAAAAGGAUAACUGGAUCUCACUUGGACCUCCCCAAAUCCAGCAUGGAUACCAAUUCAUGCUCUUUGCAGCCCUCUCCUUACUUGCCAGCCCUUCUUUCCUGCCACCUACCUGUGUAUUCCAGUCUUCCAUCUCUUGUGGCAUACACAUGUACUUCAGAUGUGAGAGACACACAAAAGACUCCACUUCUCCCACGUCUUUAUGUUACAAACUCCUCAAAUAUCCUCACCCUGUUCCCAUGGACUGUUCACAUUUUCUAUCAGGAACAUCUUAAGAUGAUCUCUGCCACUCGAACACCUUCAGAUGUUCCUCAAGAAUUGGGCUUUUCACCUUAGAAGGUGAGCACUCUCUUCCUUCACAAGCUUUGGUAUGUAAAGAUGGCACUCUCUCUCUCUGCUUGCGUCAGUCCAAGCACCCCAAAAUCCCAUUCCUUUGCCUGCAUACCUCCCUUGCACAGGUGGCCCAAAGCCCUCUCCUUACCAUAGGUGUGGGAUAGAGCCACACCUCUCCCCCCACCCCACCCGACAGCUGCUGGCACACUCUCAACACAUUUCCUUGUGCACCCAGCCUCUCUCUCUCUGUCUCUCUCUCUCACACACACACACCUGCUUGAGUUCCCUCUCUCACACCCACCUCCUACUCUUUGACUGUGUUACUGACUGAAAAAGGCCAAAAAAAAGCAAAGCAAACAAAAAGAAUGGACAGAAAGAAAGAAAAAUUAUUAACCCAAGGAGACAAAACUUAAGGGGGGAGGGGGGCAAAGAUGAGAAACUGAGUCCCCCCACCCUGCACCCCUCCCAGAGCAUGCUCCGCCCAUUGUGUAUAAAAAAAAAAUUACCGUCAAAGACGGAUGGACAGAUUCCCGAACUGUUGAUAGAUUCGAACGACUUGAACAGCAACCAAACAGGGAAAGGAAGAAGGCACCUCUCUUCUUUCCCACCAUUUUCCUCUCUCUCUCUCCUCCUCCUCCUCCUCCCCAGGUGGAUCUUUAUGUCCACUGGGGAACCAAAUAAAACCAACAACCUCGCUGUCUUUUUCCUCCUGAUAGACGUGACUUCCGUCUCUGUGCGGGAAACGACACAAAUCUACUCCGAUGGCUUUAAAAGAAAAAAGAAAAAAAAAACAAGAAGGAACCUCCCGUCACACACAAACUUGUACCGUGUGCCGACGUCCUCACAAAAAAGAGAAAAAAGAAAAAAAAAGAACACAAAUCCUCUUAUGAAUCCAAAGCUCUUAAAAAAAAAACUUCUUUACAAUAACCAAAAAAGAGAAAAGAAAACCAACCGUGAGAGAGAGAAUUACCCACCAACAAAAAGGAAUAAUAAAAAGCAACCUGGAUUUUUUUUGUUUAAAAAAAUAGACAUAAGAUGAAGAAAAAAGAAAAAGAGAACCCCUCACAUUUUUCCUCCUCUGUGUUGAUUCUUUUGGGGUUUCUUUUCAUAUUCUUUUCAUCCCCCAAGUCUUUUUGAUGCCCUUCCGCCCAACAAAGAUGGACGUGAAUUUUAAGAAGUUGAUGAAACGUGGAAACCUGUGGGGUAAAGAAAGGGUUACAAAACAAAACACAAAUAACCAAACGAACUACAUGUGGGGUGUUACGGAGGGAUGGGGGUCAUACAACGGCUCACCCUCUGGACCACUCUGUUUUUUCUCAGACCCCCUUCUCCCUACAACUCUACACCCCAAAAUGGGGGGAAAUGUCUUUCUGUUGUGUAUUUAAAAGGGGGGUUGGGGAACGAUUAAAAAAAUAAAAAGAAAUAAAGAUUAUAUUAAAGAAAUGAUCUGAAAAAAAUCCAAAACCUCCCCCCAUGCUUUUGGCAGG